UUGCUUUCACGCCCGCCACCUCCGCACGCCACCACCUCCGCACGCCACCACCGCCACCACCACCUCCUCCUCACGCCCUGGAGAGCCAGGAGCGGCGGAGUCAUGUUUAAGAAGUUUGAGGAGAAGGAGAGUGUGUCUACAUGUAUGCAGCUGAAGACAUCGGUGAUCAAGUCGAUCCGGAAUCAGCUGCUGGACCAGUACCCUGCCAUCGAGCCCUACCUCAACCAGAUCCUGCCCAAGAAGGACCCAUUUAAGAUUGUCAAGUGCCACGAGCACAUUGAGAUCCUCACAGUGAACGGAGAGCUGCUCUUCUUCAAGCAGAGGGAUGGGCCCCUCUUCCCAACCCUGCGGCUCCUACACAAAUACCCGACCAUCCUGCCACACCAGCAGGUGGAUAAGGGCGCCAUCCGGUUCGUGCUGAGCGGCGCCAACAUCAUGUGCCCGGGCCUGACGUCGCCGGGGGCCAAGCUCCGCUCCGCCGACAAGGAGACCAUUGUUGCCAUCAUGGCAGAAGGCAAGCAGCACGCGCUCAGCGUGGGCAUCAUGAAGAUGUCUGCCGAUGACAUCGUGAAAAUCAACAAGGGGAUCGGCAUCGAGAACGUGCACUACUUGAACGACGGACUGUGGCACAUGAAGACGUACAAAUGAGAGAGCGUCGCGGCGCGAGUUCGGACGCCCCGGUGACGACGACCCUGGUGACCCCGGCCACGACCCCGGUGACCCCGGCGAUGACCCCGGCGGAGUUGGCAGUCGUUAGCCAGCGGCGUUGCCAAUGCCGUAAUUUUUAAUUUGAAACUUUUUUUUGCUUUGCUGUCAAACGCGUCGAUGCAAACGUCCCCAGGGUUUUCUGCGUUUCUUUGUGACGGGAAUUUUUUAAACUGAAUUGCGUGCGUUUUAGCGUCGUCGUCGUCAUUAUUUUUUUUGUUCGUUAUAGUUUCAUUAUUUUAAAAGUGGACGUCCUCGCUCCGUUCUAAGUUUCGGUGGGCCCCGUUGGGAUGAGCCGCUCGGGGCUCCGCGAGCGUUCCUUUGCGAGAGCUACAAAGUCGAAAGUUGACGACCAUGAAGCCAUUGGCUGGCUGCAACGACGGUGCGCACGCUUACGAAUGCUGUCAGGUGUGAAGCGGCGUGGCUUUCUGCGCCAAAUGCGCGCGCUCGGAAACCGAUAGCGGGGACGUUUAUUUUGCGAAACGCAAAGUUGAACCAGCCGCUUGUGCGAAACGCGGCGGCGUGCUGUGUUAAACGCACGGGUUCUCGUCUUUAAUUGUGUACGUCGCAACGCUUGACCGAAACGCUGUGGCUCCGAGCUGUAUUUAUGACGUGUACACGCAACGGUCUUUUUUGUUGUUGUCGAUCCGCUGCCGGACGGGGGCCCUCGCCACUCCGUGCAGGGUGCCCCUUGUGGGUUAUUUUGACCGUACUUCACCGCGCCGGUCGGUACGGGAGGAUGAAGGCGUGGAGAACAGGAGCGCAGAAGUACAGCACAACGGUUUUGCUGCACUGUCGUCUGCUGCCCGCCGUCACGUUGCGCCCCAAAGCCCUAUGGCAACUCGUGUGUGCACGCGACUGUCGAGGCUCAAAGCUGCUUAGCUGCCUAGAUCUGAUGUCGGGGUGCACUUUGGGGGAUUUAGUUAUCGGCAUGUUUAUAAUACUGUAAUAAUUCAGUAUUUUUUU